AGAUUUCGAUUUCCGUCAAAGGGUUUGAAGAAUGAAUUGAACUUUCUCGCUUUUCUUUGGUUAUAAGUAGGGGGUUUCCCCCUGGCUACCCGUAGUACAAGCAAGAUUCAAGAAACGCAUAAAAAAAAAGAAAAAAGGACUGUGAACUUCUUGUCUAUAAUUGUUUUUGCGUUGUGGGUUAUUGUUGUUUUGUGGUUCAGUUUGUGUCAUUGGCAGAGAAAGGCAGCAUUAGGUGUGUCUCCUUUGUGCCAACGAAGAGAGUUAGCAAUGGAGAUUAUUAGCAAUGGCUUGAGUGACAAUUCUGGAGCUGGGGGUGGUGUUAGGGACAUCUAUGGUGAGGAUAGAGCCACUGAGGAUCAGACUAUCAUCCCUUGGGCUUCUGCUGUUGCUAGUGGAUAUACUUUGAUGCGUGAUCCACACUUCAACAAAGGGCUUGCCUUCACUGAGCAAGAGAGAGAUGUGCAUUACUUGCGAGGCCUUCUACCUCCCGUUGUUGUGUCCCAGGAACUUCAGGAGAAGAAACUAAUGCAUAAUCUUCGUCAAUAUGAUGUUCCAUUGCAAAGAUACAUAGCCAUGAUGGAUCUUCAGGAGAGAAAUGAGAGGUUAUUUUAUAAGCUUCUCAUUGAUAAUGUUGAAGAAUUAUUGCCAGUUGUUUAUACUCCAACUGUGGGUGAAGCUUGCCAGAAGUAUGGAAGUAUUUUCAGGCGUCCUCAGGGACUUUUUAUCAGCCUAAAAGAGAAGGGCAAGAUUCUUGAGGUGCUGAAAAAUUGGCCCGAGAGGAAUAUACAGGUCAUAGUAGUAACUGACGGUGAACGCAUUUUGGGGCUUGGCGAUCUUGGUUGCCAGGGAAUGGGAAUUCCUGUUGGAAAGCUUUCACUUUAUACUGCUCUCGGAGGAGUUCGUCCCUCUGCAUGUCUGCCUAUUACCAUUGAUGUAGGAACGAAUAAUCAAAAAUUACUAGAUGAUGAAUUUUAUAUUGGACUUAAGCAGAGGAGAGCAACUGGACAGGAAUAUGCAGAACUAUUGGAUGAGUUCAUGUCUGCUGUUAAAAAAAACUAUGGAGAAAAAGUUCUCGUUCAGUUUGAAGAUUUUGCUAACCACAAUGCAUUUGAGCUGCUGGCAAAGUAUCGCACAAAACAUCUCGUGUUUAAUGAUGAUAUACAGGGAACGGCAUCUGUGGUUCUUGCUGGGGUUGUGGCAGCUUUGAAAUUAGUCGGUGGAACUCUAUCUGAUCAUACUUUCUUAUUCCUGGGUGCUGGAGAGGCUGGAACAGGUAUUGCUGAGCUUAUAGCACUCGAGAUAUCAAAGAAGUCGGGUGUCUCACUGCAAGAAGCUCGAAAAAAGAUUUGGCUUGUGGACUCCAAGGGACUGAUUGUAAGUUCUCGGUUUGAGUCUCUCCAGCACUUCAAAAAGCCGUGGGCUCAUGAUCACGAACCCGUCAAGUCACUCUUAGAUGCUGUCAAGGCAAUAAAGCCGACGGUUCUGAUAGGAACUUCAGGAGUCGGAAAAACAUUCACCCGGGAAGUUGUGGAGGCCAUGGCAACAUUCGACGAGAAACCUUUGAUCAUGGCUCUAUCGAAUCCAACCUCACAAGCCGAGUGUACUGCUGAAGAAGCUUAUACAUGGUCUGAGGGCCGGGCAAUCUUUGCUAGCGGGAGUCCAUUCGAGCCUGUUAAAUAUGGGGAGAAGACGACAUUUAUCCCUGGCCAGGCUAAUAACGCAUACAUAUUCCCUGGAUUCGGGUUAGGCCUAAUCAUGUCUGGCACAAUUCGCGUACAUGAUGACAUGCUCUUGGCAGCAUCGGAAGCUUUGGCAGCUGAGGUGACAGAAGAAAACUACGCUAAAGGACUCAUAUAUCCACCAUUCACUAAGAUCAGAAAGAUAUCAGCCCAUAUUGCUGCCAAUGUAGCUGCAAAGGCAUAUGAACUUGGAUUGGCUACCCAUCUUCCUCGCCCAAAGGAUCUUGUUAAGUAUGCUGAAAGAUGCAUGUACACUCCAGUCUAUCGCAACUAUCGUUAAUUCUUUCCCCAUUGCCACUGAAAUAUUUGUUGAAAUUGAUUAGUUUUCAUUGUAGCCAGUUGAGAUUUUUCUUGCAUUCUAGCUUUUUGUUUACAUGAACGUUGUGUGGAAGAAGAUGAAAUUGAAUAUCCAAUAAAGAAAAAAAAAACUGUCAUUUUAUAUA